AUGUGGUCCCGAACCGUUGUCGCCACCGUAGCCCUCUGCCUGACCAGCUUCACCCAACACGCUUCGGCCUCUCCCAAGCCUCAGCCCCAAGCUGCCGGCGGAGUGCAGCUCUACGGUGGCAUGCCGUCUUCUACGGCCAGCCCGGCUUCGAUCCCGUCUGUCGCGUCCUCGGUUGUUAACGGCACCUCUCAUCUGUACAGCCUGACCCGCCUCUUCUUCUCGACCAUGAUGGUACCCAACAACUUGCCUCAACUCAAGACACUGCAGUCACCUCUCUUCGCCGAGAACAUCACUGGCCGUGUCUCUGAUUCUCGGAAAUUCCUUGGUCGUGAGCUCAACACUGAGUACGUGUUCGGCGCCUUCACUGGCCCCGUCAUGAACUCGUCGCGCGUCACGCUGCUGGGAAUGCCCAUUCAGCAUGAGACGAUGCGCUUCGCCGCAAACGAAGCGGAUAGGUCUGCCUUCAUCACGGAGAUAGUACACUUUAACAUCAGUAUGCUUUCCACCGUGGUGCCCGUGCAGGUGGAGCUGUGGAUGCGUUGGAACGACCAGGACGAGCUAACCGCCUACGACGCGCGCUUUGUGUAUUUCGACUGGCUGAUGGCCACGGCGACGGCGAAUCUGCAGAAGGCAUACGGCCUCGGCAGUGCGCAAGACACGCUGAAUCAGAUCAAGAAUCUGCUGGUUGGACAGGUCUGCGAGACGACACAGCAGCACUGUACAGGGGAGCUUCAACAGUAUGACAGCCUUGAUGACUGUCAUUCAUUCCUGAUGCAGGAGAUUCGUCUGGGACAGCCAUUUGAGUUUGGCGUCGACACUGUCAUGUGCAGGAGUUUGCAUGAGGGCAUGCUGACGCUGAAGCCCGAAGCACACUGUCCGCAUGUUGGCAAGACCGGAGGGAAUAUGUGUGUGGAUGACUUGGACUACCUGACCUAUGUUGCUGAUCGGGACUUCUUUGGCGUGCCUGGUGCCGGAUGGUGA